GGGGCUUAGACAGGAAGUAGCGGGAGCUCGGAAGCGGAGCUGGCCGGGCUGUGUGUUUACGGACACAGUAGUUGUACGGUGCGGAGAGCGGAUGACAGGAGCAUGGUCGACUUCUAGUGGCUAAAGCGGAAGAAGCGCACAAGACGCUGCAAAUAUGGCGGAGAAGUUUGAUAACUUGGAGGAGCACCUGGAGAAGUUCGUAGAGAACAUAAGACAGCUGGGCAUCAUCGUGAGCGACUUCCAGCCGAGCAGCCAGGCUGGCCUCAACCAGAAGCUGAAUUUCAUGAUCACUGGCCUGCAGGAUAUAGACAAGUGUCGUCAGCAGCUUCAUGACAUAACUGUGCCCUUGGAAGUAUUUGACUACAUUGAUCAAGGCCGAAAUCCUCAGCUUUAUACAAAAGAAUGUUUGGAAAGAGCAUUAGCUAAAAAUGAGCAUGUUAAAGGGAAGAUAGAUACAAUGAAGAAAUUUAAAAGCCUUUUAAUCCAAGAAUUGAGCAAGGUUUUUCCUGAAGAUAUGGCUAAAUACAAGGCUAUCCGAGGAGAAGAGCACCCGCCUUCAUAACUGUGCUUCAAUUUCAUGUGAUAUGAACUGAACCUACAGUCAGAAAAUCAUCAUGUUAGCCUUGUACAGCAUUGACAAGUGCAUAAGAAUAUUGCUGGAAGAGCUCUUGACAUAAUGGAUAUUUCCCAUAGGUUACAUUACCUGCAAUUUAAAGGGGUUGAACUGGGAAUAUGUGCCAUCUGUAAUAUUGAGUGAAAGGUGCUGAAAGACAAUGUACAGUUCUGUGUAAUUAAAUUAUUUUGGAGGGUCGCUCAGUUUACGUUGUAUUGUAUGAACCCAUACAACACUAAAAUUAAGAAAAAAAUUGUUGUGCCGCUAUGUUUCCACUUAAAAAUAUUUCUUCAUGUUUUCGUGUUUCCAUAUAAAGAUAUUUAAAUAUUUUGCAUUGUAUUCUUUCCUGUUUUAUACUCUUUGAUUUAUUUUCAUUUAGGUUAAUGUAUACUUUUUCCAUUCCAUGUACUGUUUUCAUUAAAUGUAGUUGUUGUUAAAUAGUUUUUAGCUAAUUUGUACAUUUACCAUAGAAACGGAAUGUCUGCAUAAAAAGACCAC